AUGCAUACCCAGACUCAACAGCAUGCUGCCUCUGCCGAUUCCGGCCCGAUGUCCAACAACCAGCCCGGACAGUUUUCUCAUGAAAACCGCCCUCCAUACAUUGCUGGUUAUCCGCAGGGUCCAUCUGUCAAUAACCGUGACGGCAAUGGUCAGGUCAUGUCUCCUUUCUUUGGUGGGCUUAACCUAGGGAAUCAACGUACUGGUUCCAAGUUCGGUGCCAUGAAAGGCAACUUUCCAAUGCCGUUGGCUCCAGGUCUUGAUUUGUCCGGUGCCCAUCGUAACCCUUACAAUGGCCAGCUUGUCCUUCUUCCCAAUGGAACCAUGCUGGGUGGCAUUCCUCCGGUGGCUCCCUUUGCCCCAGCUCCUGUUCCUGGACAUGACCAGGUGGGCCAGAUCCCAUACUUACCGGCCAACCUCUACCCUGGAAUGAACCCUGGCUGCUCCAUGAUCCCGGGGCCCAUGCAGGGAUAUACCUUGCCGUAUCUUAUGAACUGCGAUAUGCAGGACAUGGCAGGCCAGAAAAGCAGCCCCUGGGCCCCGAACGAGGACCACAAGGGGACUGCUGCUUCGACGGUCUCUGAGGGUGGUAACCAGACGGAGUACUAUCAAAACUCUGCCGUCUCUAACGUGGAUGGUCCGCCUCUCUCGGGAUAUGGCUACAGCAUUUCCCCGCAGCUUGGCCAGCCAAUUCUUCCCUUCCAGAUGAUGAAGACCCCAACUGGAUACAUGCUACAGGACCUUGAAGCUUUGACGCAGCAAGACCCUCCAAUCCCACGCGCUGUUCCUGCUAUGUGGACCAAUCCAACUGAACUGACUCUUGCCAAAUGUCUUGAGAACCGGGAGGGCAUCACCAAUGUUUACAUCCGGGGUUUCCUUCCUGAGACCACAGAUGAGGUUUUGCACUCGUACGCUUCCCGCUUCGGAAAAAUUGAUCGCUGCAAGGCGAUUGUUGAUUUGGAUACCGGUCUAUGCAAAGGCUUUGGAUUCGUUCAGUAUUACAACUUCGAGUCUUGCGAGAACUGUAUAAGGGGCUUUUUCUAUCUCGGAUACCAAGCCAGCUUCGCACAGAAAUCUCGUAAUUCCCGCCUCAAAGAUCUUGAAGACAGGGCCUCGACGAACAUUUAUUGCACCAACCUUCCCAUUGACUGGACUGAAGCGGACCUUCGCCGUCAUUUCGAGCCAUACCAAGUCGUUUCCGAGAAGAUUAGUCGGGAUGACAAGACAGGUGUCAGCAAGGAAGUGGGAUUUGCUCGCUUUGAAAGCCGCGAGAUUGCAGAAAAAGUGCUGUCUGAGUUCCACAAUGUCGUCGGAGAAGAUGGAGUCAAGUUGCUUCUCCGUUUCGCAGACACAAAGGCCCAAAAGAUUUUGAAACAGCAAAGCAACGAGCGUCGGGCAUAUCGCGCUGGGGAGUAUAACUUUUCCGUCGAGGUGGUUCAGGGCUCAACUCCGUCGCCUUCAUUGCACCGUCUGCAACAGACGGCAUCUCAUCUCAGCCCUAACUCCCAGGUCAGCUACACAUCUCCAGUAGGAGUAGGUUCCACUUGGACUCCCGCCACGUCAAUCUCCCCGUCCAGUUAUCCCUUAAUGAAGAACCAGGUCGGAAACGUGCGACUUAGCUCGUGGUCCUCGCGUAACAGCCCCAACACUCUGGAAAACAACCCCGUGUACCGUGGCCGGCUGUCUGCCGCAAACCGCACUGCUUUAACUGACAGUAUCUCUACUGGAUCUUCGAAGACGAUGGUGCCCAGCACGCCAUGUGCCAUUCGACCCCAUUCCCUCAGCCCCAAAAAGGAGAAUCACAAAGCCGGGUCUCUGUCCCCGAUCUCGUCCCGCAGGGAGAUCAUUGUAAAUUCUCCACGUUCAUCCAUUUGA